AUGGAUGACCACACUAUAAAUGCUCUUCAGAGUAAGAAUUCUGAGUUGUACCGUCGGCUAAGGCUGCUCUUGAACGAAACGAGCGACGGAGAUCCAGACAUAGAUAUUGUCAAACAGACUCUAAACGAUGCUGAUCCUCACAUCAGAAGAAAACAAGCCGAAUUAACCAUAAAACCAGGCGGUAAUUCUACUAUUCCAUCUAAAGGAUCAAGGGAAGAAAAUAAAGAAAACUGGCGUCUGAAACAUUUCAGCCAACUUAAAGAAACUGUAGAAGAAAUCAAAAAGGCAGAAUACGAUUUGCCAAAGAGAGAAAGGAUAGUAAAUAUGAAGUCCAAACCUUUAAAUGGAAAUCCAGAGCACAAAAGAAAUGAGGAAUUAUACCAGAGAGACGUGAAAGACCCAUUGGAGCCUUCUAGAAUCAGCAACGACUCUGGCUCUGCUUACAGAGAGAAGAGUCUUUACGCAAAAAUCGAUCAACAGAAUAAAUUGCUCGCUAGUCUAAGACAGCAAGUACAAACCAAAGAUAUAGAGAGACAAGAAUUGGUGGAGGAGUUCCAAAUUCAGCAGGCAAACAUUAUGAAAGAAUACAAGGUCAACGAAGCCAAUAUACGGAGAGACCACGAAGCACAGCUCCAGCGACAAGUGCAACAAAGCAAUUCUACUCUAAAUUCUAGGAUAGCUUUAUUAGAGUCCAAGUUAGAUACUCUGACCAAAAACGAAGAACAAUUACAGAAGGCUAUCAAUAAAAUGUCGGCAAAGUUAGUUUCAUAUAGAAGGGAUAUCCAUGACUUACAUGAAAAAAAUGAUUCUCUUGUAUCUAUAAACCUGUUUCUCACCAAUCAAGUUCGUCAAUUAGAAAACAAUGAACAAAGAAGAAAAGAAGAAGGGAAGAGGUUGGUGGAUCAAAAAAGAUUAGAACAACAAAUGGGAAAUGGUGAAGACACCAAAAAAGAAGUACAUAUUCAAUUGGAACCUACAUUCACCGAUCCAUUAGACGACGAUACAAACCAGUUGGUUUCUGGCUAUGCUGUAGACACUACAACAGACUACUUGAUUCACGGAGGUUGCUUCCAAGAGCCAAAUCAUUACAAAAGGUCUCCUAAAAGUUUGAGGAGCUAUCUUCUAGCAGUAUUGUUCAUCUCCAGAUUGCAGAGACAGGUAAAACACAGACAGAGUAUCACCAAAAACAUUAACGAUCUAUGCCAUGAUGACAAGAUCGACCUUAAGUUAUACACUUAG